GGGCCGCGCACGCGCGGGCCGCGGCCAUGGCGACUUUCUUCGGUGAGGUGGUGGUGGCCCCGUCCCGGGCCGGCCUUGACGAGGAGGAGGAGGCGCGGGAGGAGACGCCUGAGGACCGGGAGAUCCGCAGGGAGAUCGAAAAGAAAAGGGAGAUCGAUGUCCUGUGGACCUGGCAGUCGGGCGGCUGUGCCGAGGAGCCCUUGGUGUGCUCCAGGUUCAUCGUGGCCAUUGGAAGGAACGCUGCGGCUUUCCUGUCAUCUUUUAUCCUGGAUUCUGUGUGCUGGGAAGUGGUUGGAGUUGUGAAGCUGUGGAAUGAGUGGUGCAGAACAUCCAGCACCACAAAUGUCCUCCCCACAGACUCUUUUUGUUUGUUCUACAGAUUGAUAUCAGAUCCCACAGUUUUAUUGUGCCAGUGCAGUUGCUACGUGGCUGAGGAUCAACAGUUUCAGUGGCUUGAGAAGGUUUUUGGCUCCAUGCAGAAGAAAGGCUUGCAAGUAACCAUCCUUUCCACAUGUCCUGUAGCUGAUUAUAAAACUCAGGAAUCCACUCUGACACUUGUAUCUCCAUUCCUGAAAGCCUUGAAGACCAAAGAAUUCCAGGAGCCCGUCUGCUGCUCGCUUCUGGAGCAGCCCAACAUUGUGAGGGAUCUUCCUGCUGCUGUUCUGAGUUACUGCCAGGUGUGGCAGAUCCCUGCAGUGCUGUAUCAGUGUUACACUGAUGUCAUCAAGCUGGACACAGUUACCAUUGAAGCCUUCAAGCCUCUGCUUUCUUCUAAAGUCCUGAAGAGUUUAGCCAAGGAUGCCUCUGAAAGCACAAAGCUUUUGAAGAAAUUCCUGACAACCAGUGAAAUUCACAAUAAUAUCUACAUCUGACAAGGACAUUGAUGCUGCACUUCUGUAAACUCCAGUUUCUUCUCUAGAGGACUUCUGGGAAUUAAUUUUUUUCCCCCUUAAAAGUAGAAUAAAUUCCAGUAGAUUUGUACUUUUCCAUUCAUUUUUGUUGCUUUUAACUUCAUCACUGAAAAUACCCUUCUGCAUGGCUUAGGAGACUUUCUUCUGGAGUGAUUUUGGGAAAGAUACUUUGGAUAUGAAAAGCAACUCCUUUUUCUCCUCCUGAAUGGAUUGUCUUACUAAAAGUAUUCCUUUUAUAUGUAAAAGAGGAAAUGCAGAUAAGGAAUUUUGUCAGUAUCUAACAAGAGCUCUCCUUUUUUACUUUAUUUUGAGACCUGAGGGUUUUUCUAAUAUUUGAUGCUUUUCAAAGAUUUGUCUGUGAUAGAGAAAAUGCACUCUCUGUCCUUUCCCAUCCACAGAGAAUUUUGCUUAUGUUUAUUUAUGUCUCCACAUGCCCUCUUUAAUGUAUGUAUUGAUACAAAAGGCAGUGGUUAAAGUAUGGUAAAUGCCUUUAAAACUUGCUAGUGAAAAAUAACCUCUCCUGGUAAAAGGGGCUGGCAGGAUCACAGGCUGCUUCUUCAGCUGGAUUUGCCAGGGCAAACUGAUUAAAUCCACUUUAAAACACCAAAAUUUGGCCAACGGUAGGAAUAAAAAGAGGUCUUUUAGGCAGAGCAUGUGAUUUUUAGAGGAAAGUAAAAGGUUUUGAAGUGUCUCAGAAAAUUCUCUGGAAGUUAGUAAAAAAUUCAGCAGUUUAUUUAAAGUAUUAACUAGGAUUAAGGUGCAGUUCUGAGUUGUACUCUAUUUAAUUUAACAUUUUGUUUAAGAAAAAGGUGUUAAAGUAUUAAUUUGCUCCCAGGUAAUUCUGUUCUCUGCUGGGUGUAACUUUGCCUUACACUGGAUGCUCAGAGGAUAUUUUUGAACAGUCUUUUCCUUCACAGAACUGUCACUGAUUUAAAUUUCAGGUAAUUACAGAUGAGCAGAUCUUGCCUAGAGUGGUGCUGGAUUUUGGAACUGGAUUUUGGAACAAAUUCUGAAGCUUUUUUUGGGUUUUUUCUCACAUUUCUGUCCAUCUUUAUAAUUAAAAAAUCAGUCUUAUGUGUGAUCUCAGAUGAGAAUUCUGUUGUUUUGAAAGUUGGCUGCACCAUUUUCUUACUUUUUAAGUGUUUGGUUCAUAACAAAUAAAGCAGAUAACAAGAAAUAAUCUUUAAUAGUAAAUUAUGCAAACCCUUAGAGGAAUUGUUAAUGUACUUCUGGUAUCUGUGUGAUCACCCAGGCACUUUGCAAUGUUCCAAAACAGCUCCUAUAUUAGAUUUCAUUCAGUUCCUACUGCCUGGCUUUAUGCUGAGGUGUGAGAAUGCUCCUCAACACCUUGAAUAAAAGUGGCAAACAAAACCAUGGCAGCUUGGGAGAUUCAAUCAGACUGAAACCUGGUGUUUUGGCAGAAUUCUUCAAGGGUUCACUAUUGUUGCUUGAAAGCUCUCCAUAAGCAGGAAAUGUUUAGGUAGGAUGUAGUGGGGAACUACUGUAGGGCAGUGCAAUAAGAGAUUUUAAUUUAAAAUUCUACAUUUUCCCAUAAUUUGAUGUAGGAAGCAGCUCAUAUUCACCCCUUGAAUAUUCUGGAAGCCUCAGAACUAAUGAUGAACUGUGUCUCUCAUAAGAUGUGAGUGUUGACUAAAGAUUUUUUUCCAUA